GACAACGACCCCUCAACGGCUAGCUUUCUUCUCUACCCACAACACAAAAGCUGAAUUGGGAAAAGAAAUGGAGGCAGCAGCUGCAGCUAGUCUUUCCUUUUCAGACACACCCCACCACUCCUCAUCCAAAGGUUAAACGUCCUAUGAUCUUCAAGAUGUUUUGAAAGUAAUCUUUCUCUGUUCUACUGUAUGUCUCAAGUGAAAGAAUCUGUGACUCCGAUCCAACUAGUUCUAUCAAAAGAAGAGGCAUAAUGCCUUUUGGGUUGGUCUCGGCAUGGAACAAGCGCAGGAGAAGCAAGUCUGAGGAUCACAUUGACCCUUGGAUAUUUAAGCCUGUAGAAUGCUGGCAACUCGAUGAUCAAAACCCGCCUGCAAAAAGGCGGCACGGAUCAUCAGUUUUCACUCUCAAGGAAAUGGAAGAAGCAACAAACUCUUUCAGAGAGGAGAACUUAGUUGGGAAGGGAGGAUUUGGCCGAGUUUACAGGGGCACUCUACGAUCUGGAGAGGUUGUUGCAAUCAAGAAAAUGGACCUACCACCAUUUAAAAAAGCUGACGGGGAACGAGAAUUUCGAGUGGAAGUCGAUAUAUUGAGCAGAUUGGAGCAUCCAAAUCUGGUAUCCUUGAUUGGAUAUUGUGCAGAUGGGAAGCACAGAUUUCUAGUUUAUGAAUUCAUGCACAAAGGCAACCUGCAAGAUCACUUAAACGGAAUUGCUGAGAGGAAGAUGGAUUGGCCUUUAAGGCUCAAAGUGGCAAUUGGAGCUGCAAGAGGACUUGCCUAUCUCCAUUCAGGUUCUGCGGUUGGGAUUCCAAUUGUUCACAGAGACUUCAAAUCGACCAAUAUUCUUUUGAGCAGCAACUUUGAAGCCAAGAUAUCAGAUUUUGGGCUCGCUAAAUUGAUGCCAGAGGGCCAAGAAAUCUAUGUGACUGCCAGAGUUCUUGGCACUUUUGGCUAUUUCGAUCCAGAGUAUACAUCGACCGGGAAACUCACAUUACAAAGCGAUGUAUAUGCAUUUGGAGUUGUUCUACUGGAACUCUUGACAGGAAGGAGAGCUGUGGAUCUGAACCAAGGACCCAAUGAUCAAAACCUUGUUCUCCAAGUGAGGCAUAUAUUGAAUGACAAGAAGAAACUACGCAAGGUGAUAGAUCCAGAGAUGAGCAAGAGUUCCUAUACAAUGGAGUCUGUAGCUAUGUUUGCAAACCUAGCAUCACGCUGUGUGCGUACAGAAAGUAGUGAGAGGCCAUCAAUGGCAGAAUGCGUGAAAGAACUGCAACUCAUUUUCUGUACAAAUUCAAAAGGCUUGGGUAUGUCCAUGAACACAUUCAGAAUGGUCUAGAAGCUUAAUGGACUGAAACUUUCAAAUGUCAAGCUAGAUAUGCUUCAGAAAUUUUUCACUGAUUCUUCUCCAUAUAGAGGCUUGCUGAACACUUGCAAGCUUAAUAAUGUAAUUAUUGUCUCAAUUUUUUAUGGGGGGCAAAAUUCAGGGACUCGUCCAUUAUAAUGAAGAAGUUCAAAGAUUAGGACUUAAUUAUUUAUUUUCUUUUUCAA